UCAAUCAAGUUUCCCUUUAAAUCAUAAGUCAAAAGUCGAAAUUUUAAGAAGAAUAUGCCCCGCGUUCCGUACACAUGGCGCCAGCCCGACUUUCCUGGCGACGGCAGCGACCUGGCCUGGCUGCAGCCCACCCUGCUGAUCAUCUGCAAAAAUGCCAAUCUGGAGCAGGCCAUAAAGCCCCUGCUGCGGACCCUGAAGCAACCGCUUGCACCCCGCACUGUGGCCGCCGUCUGCGUGCAUGAGACGAUGCGCUCGGCAUUCCAGGACGCAGUGUGCCAGGCGAUGGAGAUGCUGCACACCAAGGUGCAGAGCCACGACUACUAUACGAGGGCACUGCGGAUGAUUGCUUGCCUGCGGGCCGAGACGGUGGGCAUCCUGCAGUACGACGAUAUCCGCUUCAAGAGCAAACUGGCCCCCGGCUCGCCCGUGAUCGUCUGCGGGUUCGACCAGAGCUUCUUCAGUGUGGCCCACCCCAGUACCGUGGUGACGCUGCACACCUUCCGGAACGCCUUCGAGCUGCCCCAACUGGUGGCCCGGGAGCGGCUGAUCUUCACCAGCGCCGCCGUCUGGGGCGGCAGGAUGUGCGACACCUUCGAGGCGACCCUCCAGCUGCCAGCCAUCUCCACGGUGUACAUCAACUGCCACGAGGUGUCGCUGGCCCCCAUCGAGGAGUACUUUGCGGUCCGGCUGCCGCAUGUGGUGAUGGCGAACCACUUUCACUACGAGGUGCUCCUCCACAACGAUCGCGUUUGGGCCAUUGUCUAUCCGGCCGAGGUCAACUGGCAUCCGUCAAAUGAUCCUCAAACAGAGCCUCCGUUGGAGGAUCCAGGGGCCUUGAAGGGGAAUGACAGUGGUCAGAAGACUACGUCUUGAUCCUUAAUCCCUAGUUGUAUUUUAUUUAAUAUUAUUAUUAUGCGAAUACAUUGCGAGUAACUUGGGAAGAACAGAAAUCUGGAAUA